CUGCUCUGAUUUGUUUGCUUUUUUUGAGUCAGCUGAUCGUUGACGUCUGCUUCUGACUUCUGUGUUCGAGGUGAAAGCAAGCAACAUCGAGGGCACAACACCGAAUUUACUGGUUGAGAUCGAAGCUCAGUAAAGGGAAAUCAAAGCUGUGUAAAGGAAAUAACAGUAACCAUGGCUCCAACAUUGUAUGAUAAGAAGCCGGAGCCAGGGGAUCUGAUAGAGAUAUUCAGAGGGAAAUACCAGCACUGGGCUUUGUACGUUGGUGACGGUUUUGUUGUUCACCUGGCCCCACCAUCCGAGGGACCUGGGGCCGGGGCCAACAGCAUGAUGUCUGUGCUCAGUGACAAGGCUAAGGUGAAGAAGGAAGAGAUCUGGGACGUGGUGGGGCAUGAUCAGUGGUGUGUAAACAACCUGCUGGAUGAGAAGUACCAGGUCAGACCCAUACGUGAGAUACUGAGGGAAGCCCAGGCCUAUGUGGACCAGGAGAUGCCCUACUGUGUCUUCAGGGGGAACUGUGAGCACUUUGUCACAGAGCUGAGAUAUGGGAAGGCUGAGUCUCGACAGGUUCGUCAGGCUGUGGGAAUGGCCACAAUGGUUGGCCUCGGAUUCCUUGCUGUUGCAGGUAUCGCGGCCAUCUUUGGAGGUGGAAGCAAGAAGAAGAAUGAAGAAGAAGAAGAAUAUAAGUGACCAACUGUAUAAUAGCUUCCUGAGCAGCCAGUCACCAAUAAGCCUAAUAGAUUAAUUAUUUAACUCCAGUACUGCCAUCGUCACUUGUAUAAUUCUGGGGAUUUCAGAAGGAAGGGUUGAGUAUUUCCAUAAUAUUUACAUUUUUUACAGUUACACAGACAUGAAUUGAAAGCACAAAAGGAGGAAACGUGUCUGGUUAUAAUUCCAAGGUAUACAGCCUUGGCGGGGCCAUAACCUUGCAGGCUGCUAGACUAAGCUAGCUGUUUUAAAAAAUGUUGUCAGUUACUUAUAAGCUAUGAAGUUUCCCUACUAUAGUUUUAACAUAUUUAUGUAGACUCUUUAUAAUGGGAUAAAAUGGUAUUCCACUGAAGUUCUAAUAUUUCUAUCAUUAAGCAAAUUGUCUUUAGGACCCAGGGCUCUCGAGUGGCACAGCCGUCCAAGGCACUGCAUCUCAGUGCUAGAUGCAUCACUACAAACCCUGGUUCGAGUCCAGGCUGUAUCAUAACCGGUGCACAAUUGGCCCAGCGUCGUUAGGGUUUGGCCAAAUAAGAAUUUGUUCUUAACUGACUUGCCUCGUUAAAUAUAAAAAUAAAAGGACCCACAGAACUACUCCUGGUUAGGGUUGAAGUGGAUACAUCUAAUGCUGCUUAUAUCGCUUUGUAAUGACUGACAGCGUUAUGAACAGGUGCAUCAAAGCUGGGACCGAGAGACUGAAAAACAGCUUCUAUCUCAAGUCCAUCAGACUGUUAAAUAGCCAUCAGUAGCACCUUAGAGGCUG